AUGGAAUUGCCUCCCAGCAAACGGAGCCGUGCUGACUCUUGCAGCAACGUCCCCAGGAGGGUCUCCAUCGAGGGGAAUAUAGCUGCAGGAAAAUCAACGCUGAUUCAGAUUCUAGCAGAAACAAGUCAGGACUGGGAUGUGGUGCUGGAACCCAUCGCCCGUUGGUGUUGCAGUGUUCAGACUGACAAAGAAGACUCCGAGGAGCUGACGGCAUCCCAGAAGUGCGGAGGGAACCUCCUGCAGAUGAUGUACAACAAGCCAGAGCGGUGGUCCUACACCUUCCAGAACUACGCCUGCCUGAGCAGGACCCGCUCACAGCUCAGGUCCGUCAGCGACAAGCUGAGGGACUCGGCCAACCCGGUUCAGUUCUUCGAGCGGUCUCUCUACAGUGACAGGUAUGUCUUUGCAACUAACCUGUACGAAUCCCAUUGUAUCAACAAGACGGAGUGGAUUAUCUACCAGGACUGGCAUGGCUGGAUACACAACUGGUUUGGAAAUCAGAUCAAACUUGAUGGCAUCAUCUACCUUCGAGCGACCCCUGAGGUCUGUAUGAAGAGGCUGAUUGUGAGGGGACGGGAGGAGGAGCAGGCGAUUUCGACGGAGUAUCUGGAGAGGCUUCACUCCAAGCACGAGGACUGGCUGCAGCGCAGGACAAUGCACUUGCACUUUGAUUAUCUGAAUGAAGUUCCAGUUUUGACACUGGACGCCAAUGAGGAUUUCAAGCAGAAUGAAGCCAAGUGUCAAAAGAUGAUUGAGAAGAUCAAAGACUUUCUACAUUUAUUGUAACUUGGGUGAAUCCCAUGGAGCAGGGAACUGGGAAACACGAGUGAAUAGUGAAUCUGCUGACAUUUUACCUUACUGUGUGAUUGCUGUGUGUUCGUCCGCCAUCAUAUGAGCUUCAGUUACCAACUGAACUA